GAAAAAAAAAAUCUUGCUGUCUAAAAGAUACUGGCUGCACGUGGUCACUACACGGACCAACCCAAAGAAGAACAAGGAGAAGAAUCUCCCGCAUGAAAAUUAUUCCUUCUUAUUCCUUUCCGGUCUGUACUGUUUGGUCCCUUGUGUUGUGAGGCGACCUCAUCACAAUGAAGCUCAACAAAUUCGUGUCCUCCUCGCGCAGGAAGAGCCGCAAGAGGCACUUCACCGCUCCCUCUCAUAUCAGGCGGCGGCUCAUGUCCACCCCUCUCUCCAAGGAGCUCCGACAGAAGUACAAUGUCAAGUCAAUGCCCAUUAGGAAAGAUGAUGAAGUCCAGGUUGUGAGAGGACACUACAAGGGUCAGCAAGUUGGCAAGGUUGUCCAGUGCUACAGAAAGAAGUGGGUUGUUUACAUUGAAAGAAUCCAGCGUGAAAAGGCCAACGGCGCCAGUGUCUACGUUGGUAUUCACCCCUCUAAGUGCGUUAUCGUCAAACUGAAGAUUGAUAAGGACAGGAAGAACAUCCUGGAGAGGAGAUCGAAGGGCCGUCUUGCUGCCCUGGGCAAGGACAAGGGCAAAUAUUCCGAAGAAUCCACUGCCAUGGAAACAUCGUAAAUUAAGUAAGCUGUUCAUUGUGGUGGUGAAUAAAAAAUUUAUUUCUAAAAUCCAA